CGGUGGCCGGGAGCAGUCGCGGCGUUCGCGGCGCGCGGAGUCGCUGGUGGUCUCGGAGCCGCCCGGAGGGGCCCCGUGGCCGGCACCAUGGUGAAGGAGCAGUUCCGGGAGACGGAUGUGGCCAAGAAGAUAAGCCACAUCUGCUUCGGGAUGAAGUCGCCCGAGGAGAUGCGGCAGCAGGCCCACAUCCAGGUCGUGAGCAAGAACCUGUACAGCCAGGACAACCACCACGCGCCCCUGCUCUACGGUGUCCUGGACCACAGGAUGGGUACCAGUGAGAAGGACCAGCCUUGUGAAACGUGCGGCAAGAACCUGGCCGACUGCCUGGGCCACUACGGCUAUAUUGACCUGGAGCUCCCCUGUUUCCACGUGGGCUACUUCAGGGCGGUCAUCGGGGUCUUACAGAUGAUCUGUAAGACUUGCUGCCACAUCAUGCUGUCGCAGGAGGAGAGGAAGCAGUUCCUGGAUCACCUGAAACGGCCCGGCCUCACCUACCUCCAGAAGCGGGGGCUGAAGAAGAAAAUCUCCGACAAGUGCCGGAAGAAAACGAUCUGCCACCACUGCGGCGCCUUCAACGGUACUGUGAAAAAAUGUGGAUUGCUGAAGAUAAUUCACGAGAAGUACAAGAGCAACAAGAAAGUGGUGGAUCCAGUUGUUUCCAGUUUCCUGCAGUCCUUUGAAACAGCCAUCGAGCAUAACAAAGAAGUGGAGCCUCUGCUCGGGAGGGCGCAGGAGAACCUGAACCCCUUGGUCGUGCUGAAUUUGUUCAAGCGCAUCCCGGCCGAGGACGUCCCGCUGCUGCUCAUGAACCCCGAUGCGGGGAAGCCGUCCGACCUGAUCCUCACGCGACUCCUGGUACCCCCUCUGUGCAUCCGACCCUCUGUUGUGAGCGACCUGAAGUCGGGCACCAACGAAGACGACCUGACGAUGAAGCUCACGGAGAUCAUCUUCCUCAAUGACGUCAUCAAGAAGCACCGGAUUUCGGGGGCCAAGACGCAGAUGAUCAUGGAGGACUGGGACUUCCUGCAGCUGCAGUGCGCGCUCUACAUCAACAGCGAGCUCUCGGGCAUCCCCCUCAACAUGGCGCCCAAGAAGUGGACCCGGGGCUUCGUCCAGCGCCUGAAGGGAAAGCAGGGGCGAUUCCGAGGCAACCUGUCGGGAAAGAGAGUGGACUUUUCCGGCAGAACUGUCAUCUCCCCUGACCCCAACCUCCGGAUCGAUGAGGUGGCCGUGCCAGUUCAUGUCGCCAAAAUUCUGACUUUUCCUGAGAAGGUGAACAAAGCAAACAUCCAUUUCCUGAGGAAACUGGUCCGCAACGGCCCCGAAGUCCACCCUGGAGCCAAUUUCAUCCAGCAGAGACACACGCAGAUGAAAAGGUUUCUGAAGUAUGGGAAUAGGGAAAAGAUGGCUCAGGAACUCAAGUUUGGAGACAUCGUGGAGAGGCAUCUCAUCGAUGGGGACGUGGUGCUGUUCAAUCGUCAGCCGUCGCUGCACAAACUGAGCAUCAUGGCGCACCUGGCCAGGGUCAAGCCCCACCGGACCUUCAGAUUUAACGAGUGCGUCUGCACCCCCUACAAUGCAGACUUCGACGGCGACGAGAUGAACCUGCAUCUUCCCCAGACAGAAGAAGCCAAAGCAGAGGCCCUCGUCCUGAUGGGGACAAAAGCGAACCUUGUCACCCCAAGGAACGGAGAGCCCCUGAUCGCUGCGAUUCAGGAUUUCCUGACAGGUGCCUAUCUCCUCACUCUGAAGGACACUUUCUUUGAUCGAGCCAAGGCUUGUCAAAUCAUCGCUUCAAUAUUGGUUGGCAAGGAUGAGAAAAUCAAAGUCCGCCUCCCGCCUCCAACGAUAUUAAAGCCUGUCACCCUGUGGACAGGAAAGCAGAUCUUCAGUGUCAUCCUCAGACCUAGUGACGACAACCCGGUGAGGGCCAACCUCCGGACCAAGGGCAAGCAGUACAGCGGCAAAGGGGAAGAUCUCUGUGCCAAUGACUCUUACGUGACCAUCCAGAACAGCGAGCUGAUGAGCGGCAGCAUGGACAAGGGCACGCUGGGCUCCGGCUCCAAGAACAACAUCUUCUACAUCUUGCUUCGAGACUGGGGCCAGAACGAAGCUGCAGACGCCAUGUCCCGGCUGGCCCGGCUGGCCCCCGUGUACCUGUCCAACCGUGGAUUCUCCAUCGGGAUCGGUGACGUCACCCCCGGCCAGGGGCUGCUGAAGGCCAAGUACGAGCUGCUGAAUGCCGGCUACAAGAAAUGCGACGAGUACAUCGAAGCCCUCAACACCGGCAAGCUCCAGCAGCAGCCAGGCUGCACAGCCGAGGAGACCCUGGAGGCUUUGAUCCUGAAGGAGCUGUCUGUGAUCCGCGAUCACGCGGGCAGCGCCUGCCUCCGGGAGCUGGACAAGAGCAACAGCCCGCUCACCAUGGCGCUCUGCGGCUCCAAAGGUUCCUUCAUUAACAUCUCCCAGAUGAUCGCCUGUGUGGGGCAACAGGCCAUCAGCGGCUCCCGCGUGCCAGACGGCUUCGAGAACCGAUCCCUGCCUCACUUUGAGAAGCACUCCAAGCUCCCGGCUGCCAAAGGCUUUGUGGCUAAUAGCUUCUAUUCCGGUUUGACACCCACGGAGUUUUUCUUCCACACAAUGGCUGGUCGGGAAGGUCUGGUGGACACAGCUGUCAAGACUGCCGAAACGGGCUACAUGCAGAGAAGGCUGGUCAAGUCCCUAGAGGAUCUCUGCUCACAGUAUGACCUGACAGUUCGCAGCUCCACCGGGGACAUCAUCCAGUUCAUCUACGGAGGGGAUGGCUUAGACCCGGCAGCCAUGGAGGGGAAGGACGAGCCCUUGGAGUUCAGAAGGGUCCUGGACAACAUCAGAGCAGUCUUUCCAUGCCGGAGCGAGCCUGCGCUCAGUAAGAACGAGCUGACGCUCACCACCGAGUCCAUCAUGAGCAAGAGCGACUUCUUGUGCUGCCAGGAGAGUUUCCUGCAGGAGAUUAAAAAUUUCAUUAAGGGGGUCUCUGAGAAGAUCAAGAAGACCAGAGACAAGUACGGCAUCAACGACAGCGGCACGACCGAGCCCCGAGUGCUGUACCAGUUGGACCGGAUCACCCCCACCCAACUAGAGAAGUUUCUGGAGACCUGCAGAGACAAGUAUAUGAGGGCCCAGAUGGAGCCGGGUUCUGCAGUGGGGGCCCUCUGCGCCCAGAGCAUUGGCGAGCCGGGCACGCAGAUGACCCUGAAGACGUUCCACUUUGCAGGCGUGGCCUCCAUGAAUAUCACGCUGGGGGUGCCCCGCAUCAAGGAGAUCAUCAACGCUUCCAAAGCCAUCAGCACGCCCAUCAUCACCGCCCAGCUGGACAAGGACGACGACGCCGACUAUGCUCGCCUGGUGAAAGGGAGAAUCGAGAAAACCCUCCUCGGGGAGAUUUCAGAGUACAUUGAAGAAGUGUUUCUUCCCGACGACUGCUUCAUCCUUGUCAAGCUCUCGCUGGAACGGAUCAGACUGCUAAGGCUAGAGGUGAACGCCGAGACGGUGCGCUACUCCAUCUGCAUGUCCAAGCUGCGGGUGAAGCCGGGUGACGUGGCCGUCCAUGGGGAGGCCGUGGUGUGCGUCACUCCCAGGGAGAACAGCAAGAGCUCCAUGUACUACGUGCUGCAGUUCCUGAAGGAGGAUCUCCCCAAGGUGGUGGUGCAGGGGAUCCCCGAGGUGUCCCGGGCCGUCAUCCACAUCGACGAGCAGAGUGGGAAGGAGAAGUACAAGCUCCUGGUGGAAGGCGACAACCUCCGGGCCGUCAUGGCCACCCAUGGCGUGAAGGGCACCCGCACCACCUCCAACAACACCUACGAGGUGGAGAAGACCCUGGGCAUCGAGGCCGCCCGUACCACCAUCAUCAAUGAGAUCCAGUACACGAUGGUCAACCACGGCAUGAGCAUCGACAGGAGGCACGUGAUGCUGCUCUCGGACCUGAUGACCUACAAGGGUGAGGUCCUGGGCAUCACACGCUUCGGCCUGGCCAAGAUGAAGGAGAGUGUGCUGAUGCUGGCAUCCUUCGAGAAGACCGCCGACCACCUGUUCGACGCGGCCUACUUCGGGCAGAAGGACCCCGUGUGUGGGGUGUCCGAGUGCAUCAUCAUGGGCAUCCCCAUGAACAUCGGGACCGGGCUCUUCAAGCUGCUGCACAAGGCCAACAGGGACCCAAACCCUCCCCGGAGGCCCCUCAUCUUCGACACAAACGAAUUCCACAUCCCCCUGGUCACGUAGUCCGGGAGGACACGAUCGCCCCUCGGCUCCUUCCCCAUCGGGCACGGGGCCCAGGCCAACUGUGGGGGCUG